CGCGGAGCGGGGGCGAAGCGGCCAAGCCGGAGCCCGACGCGGCUGUCUCCGCCGGAGACGGAGACUGCCUGAGUAGGUUAGGGUUGUGGGCGUGUGGGCUCGCCGGCGUCGGAGAAGAUGCCGUUGUGCGGGGUGUUUAGAGGGAUGGUCGGGCUGGCGACGCCGGCCGCGGGUGGCCGGAAACGGCGGUUGGGCCAGUGCCAGCGGGCACGCCUGUCGCCUAGUGGUGGUGGAGGCGGGCGGAGAUGGACGGCAGUGGGUGGGGUCGGGUGGGCUCGAGCGCGACAGCGGCUACCUCGCAUCUCAUUCAGAUGGUAUGCAGACCUUAAGUUUCAAGCCGUUAAGGCCAAAAUGGAUGCAGCUGAGGUUCAGUUCACCCCACUGUAUCUCUCAGUUAGCAGCUUCAAAGCAGAGGUACAGAGUUCAGGGCCGGGUGCGUCUCCCACUGAUGUGGGGAACCUUCAAUCCAAAUCAUGGCCACACGUUGUUCAGCCUCGAUAUUUUUCGAUCGAUGAUAAGGGACAAACCAUGCAAGCCAAUAUACAUCACACACAGAGAUAAAAAUGUGUUUCAAAGAGCGGCUAGUUGAAGGGCAAGUUUAUGCAUCGCCAGAUUCUGAAGUUUCUGAAGUAAAGCACUGAAAUUUCAUCACCUGUCGUAAUGGCUUGAUGAUGUACGUUGGUGGAUGAGAUAGACGGAGAUGCUGUCCAGCCAUUGACCACCGAGGUCUGAAAGAUACCCCUUGGAUCUCACACCAAGAUAGUCUCCUGGUGUUUGUUAGGACACAUCUCCGCUAGUCCUUGAGCUACUCCCAUCCAAGGCAUGGUGGCACAAAACAAUUUCCUUAUCCUGGCAGUGGCAGUAGCUCUCUAUUCUAUUAAUUGGUUGGUUGGUCACAGAUUGCUCCACUUGCUACAUAGCAUAAACAAACCCUAUGCUUUCGUGGAACUAUAACUUUCCGGUGGAUACUACAUCUUUAAGUUGAGAGAUUUAUGAUUGCUUUGAACCAGCGACCGUUCAACUUUCAUUCUUUGACUAUCCUUUGCCCUGAGUUGUUUCGUGUGCUGUUUAUUUUGCGAUUAGCAUUACUCCCGGGGGUGGCAUGUCACAUAUUUUCGUCCACUAAAGCACUCGGCGAGUGCAUGCUCAAUCUCUCAUCACUUGUGCCCACCAAAAGCGCCAUAACUGCUGCUGCUCGGGCCUUCAUCUCGCCCAUGGCUUUGAUUUCUCUUCCCACAUGAGCUCGGCCUUCCUGUUGAGGUUUUGUGGCUCUCUAGGUGUGCCUUCUUCAUUAAACAAUAGCACGAUCCUAAGAUCCUCAAUUUUCCCGAUGUUUCCUUACCCCAAAGUCCAAGAAAAUAACAAUGUUCUUGCUCUAUACAACUGCCCCCCUGUAGCACAUUGAUGUAAGGGAGUCCCCAAUUAUUUUAUCCUGGUACACCAAUCACCGCAAUGGUGCUCCCAACCUUACCGGUUACCCUCACAUUCCUCACACUGUUAGCCCUCUUGUCGAUUGCCAAGGCGGCUGAUAACAACUCCACAACCUCUGGCCUCAUCCUCCUAAAUUGCGGAGAAUCUACCCAAGACGAUGAUGAUGGUGGUCGUUCUUGGGAUGGGGACACCGGCUCCAUAUUCGCGCCAUCAAUGAAAGGAGAUGCAGCCAUUGCUUUAGGUCAACCCCCUUCACUCACCCCCAGGGUUCCUUAUACAACUGCACGCAUCUUUACUUCAAAUUACACCUAUUCCUUCCCUGUCAGUCCAGGCCGAAUGUUCUUACGCCUAUACUUCCUUUCAACUGCUUACGAAUACUAUGCUGUCUCAGAUGCCGUCUUCGGAGUCACGGCACGGAAUCUUGUCCUCUUAAAAGACUUCAAUGCUUUGCAAACAGCUCAGGCGAUCACUUCUGCCUACCUUGUGCGUGAAUUCUCGGUGAAUGUUUCUUCAGGCAGCUUGGACCUCACCUUUGCACCAUCAGCACAUCAGUAUGGGUCUUAUGCAUUUGUGAAUGGCAUUGAGAUUGUGCCCACGCCUGACAUCUUUGCAACACCUGACAUAAGAUUUGUCAGCGGUGAUAACACAUCUCCAUUCACAUUCGACGCUGACAUGAGCCUCCAGACUAUGUACCGGCUCAAUGUCAGGGGCCCAGCCAUUUCCCCGAAAGGUGACUCGGGCUUUUACCGCUCAUGGGCCAAUGAUGCCCCAUACAUACUUGGUGGCUUUGGGUUGACCUUUUGGAAAAAUGAUAAUUUGACUAUCAGUUAUACAUCUAGAGUGCCGAAUUACACCGCCCCAGUUGAUGUCUAUGGUACAGCUCGGUCCAUGGGGCCAACUGCACAGAUCAACCUGAACUACAACCUUACAUGGAUUUUACCGGUUGAUGCGGGUUUCUUUUACCUCCUAAGGUUUCAUUUCUGUGAGAUUAAGUAUCCUAUUACCAAGGUGAAUCAGAGGUCGUUCUUCAUCUACAUCAACAACCAGACAGCGCAGGAGCAAAUGGAUGUCAUCUUCCGGAGCGGAGGAAUCGGUAGACCAACGUACACUGAAUAUGUUAUCAUGGCUAUUGGUUCUGGUCAGGUGGACAUGUGGAUUGCACUUCACCCUGAUCUUUCAAGUAAACCACAGUAUUCUGAUGCAAUACUGAAUGGUCUCGAGGUCUUCAAGCUACAGAAUUACGGACCGAGCAAUCUUGCUGGGCUCAAUCCUCCACUUCCGCAAAAGCCUGAUGUGAAUCCUAAUAGGCUAUCUAGCGGUGAAAGAAAAACCAAAGGUGGCAUACAAGCAACCAUCGGUGGUACUGCUGGUGGUUUUGCUUUAUUGUUGAUUGCCCUUUUCAGCAUGUGUGUUAUCUACAGACGGAAGAAGGCAGCGAAGAGUCCCGGCAAGACCGACUAUGGACAUGUGAAGCAUCCAACUAAAUGCAUAAAGUCUACAUGUGAUCUUGUACGUCAUUUCUCAUUUGCUAAAAUUCAAGUUGCCACCAAAGACUUUGAUGAAGCACUUAUCAUCGGCAGAGGCGGUUUCGGGAAUGUCUACAUCGGCGAUAUAGAUGGAGGGACAAAGGUGGCGAUCAAGCGAUGUGACCAGAAAUCCCAACAAGGCUUUCAUGAGUUCCAGACUGAAAUCGAGAUGCUGUGCAAUUUCCGCCAUCGCCACCUUGUGUCUCUGAUUGGCUAUUGUGAGGAGAAGAAUGAGAUGAUUCUGGUGUAUGACUACAUGGCUCAUGGAACACUGCGUGAGCAUUUGUACAACACCAGGAACCCACCACUGCCGUGGCAGCAGCGCCUUGAGAUUUGCAUCGGUGCAGCCCGAGGACUGCAUUACCUCCACACCGGCGUAGAGCAAGGAAUCAUCCACUGUGACGUCAAGACCACCAACAUCCUACUGGAUGAUAGGUUAAUGGCAAAGGUUUCCGACUUCGGUUUGUUUAAGGCUAGUCCAGACAUUGGCAACACCCACAUGAGCACUGCUGUUAAGGGCACCUUUGGAUAUCUUGAUCCGGAGUACUUCCGGCAGCAGCGUCUCACCAAAAAAUCAGAUGUGUACUCCUUCGGGGUUGUGUUGUUUGAGACCCUGUGUGCGCGCCCUGUGAUAAAUACUGAGCUCCCUUAUGAGCAAGUGAGCUUGCGUGACUGGGUGGUAUCUUGCCGAAAGAAAGGUGUACUCGAGGAGAUUGUUGACCCCUGUGUUAAGGAGGAAAUCACCCUUGAGUGCUUCAGGAUAUUUGCAGAGAUAGCGGAGAAAUGUGUUGCUGAUCGUAGCAUAGAUAGGCCAUCAAUGGGUGAUGUACUUUGGAACCUUGAGGUCGCACUCCAGCUUCAGGAUAGUGCAAGCUACAACACCAGCUGUGCUGAGGGUGCAUCAUCUCUUCAGAUCAGCGGAGUGCAUUCAGGCAAACCAUCAACCAACUCAACAAUUAGCGUUGCAGCACAGGAAGCCAUAUUUUCAGAUAUUGCACAUCCAGAAGGCCGAUAAAAGCAAAACACAGGUUGCUUUGAUAUUUUUCUACAUAUGUGAUCGCCAAGGUUGUCUGGUGCUUCAGUAAUCUUGAUGCAAUAUUAUACCAAGCUAUCAAGGAUAAACGGGGGAUCUGAAUUAGACAUAUUACCUGAUUUUUAAGCAUUCUCCCUUCUCCGAGUCAAUGAAGAACUCACCAACAGUGUAAUCAAUCUAAUUGGGGUUAGGAGGGUGCCCAGUGGAUAUCCAGUGUCAUCCAUUGUGAUUCUUAGCGUCUUAUCCAGGUUUUUCAGAGGCCGCGAUUGUGAUGGCAUGGACCAGAAGUCGAUGACGCCACGGAGGCACCCGCAGCCUCAUCGAUGCAACGGGACGCCAGAUAUAUGGAGCUAGUGGGGCCAUAAUUACAGAGUGAAAGCUAGGCAUACGUUCUUUUAGAUAGUAUGCUUAUCCCACAAAAUUCCUAAGAAUUGUUGAAUUGAAUGCCCACCUACACUCAGAACUUUUCACAUUCAACCAAACAUUUCAUGUUCA